AGCCGGCCAAACAUGGUAUAACAUGUACACUGUACGCCACAUUGGGUUUGUAGGACUGGGUGGGGCCAUUAGCCGACAGCUGGUCAUUGGUGAGCCGCUGCGCAGCCGUACUGGUACAGUGAAUAUAAUACGGUUACUGCGUCUGGACUGGAUCAUUGGGGCUCAGUUCCCUGCUAAUAAUCCCCCACUGUUGGAAUCCCGUUACGUCUGCUACAGCGUCGCGUUGGGUGUAAUUCCCUCGGUGCUAUUUCUUACUCGUUUCUUUUAGCUCAAUUAAUGUUUAAACCCGAAGCCUGAAACCAUUGAUUAAUCCCGCGCUUUUCUUACGGGCACGCACUACUCACGCUUGUUCAAGGGAGAAGAGCUUUGUAAACUUCCCGGAUCGGCUGAUUAAAUUAAAAGCACGAUUUUAUCACGCAGUUGGCAUUUCGACUGCAUAGUUCACCUUACCCACUUUCCGGAGUUGCAUAUGUAUAGCGUGAUAGUGAACUUGACACCCGGCUUUUUAUUGGAUGCUGGAUUAUUUAUUUUGCUGGAAGUGAUUGCUUGGAAGCCGGUCUGGUUGUGUUUUUGCCGGUGCGCAUAAUGUAGCGCAAUGGCCUGACAAACGUGUACAUAGGCACUAUUUGUGUCUCGGAGUUGGAUGUGCGUUGUGAUUUUUUUCGUGGGAAAAGUUCAUCUAUUAUACUCCAGGCCAUUCCCUGGCAAUGGGAGUGGAUGAUCAUUAAGGCCAUUAGGGAUUCGCUGCUGUUGUUCCCUAAUGGUAUGUGUAAUGAAUCCCAAUACGAGUGCAACCUUGGGCGAUCCAGAAUUUCCGCCGAAGAACGGAGUCAUUAUCAAGCAGGGUCAUCUGUUUGUACAAGAAACCAAAAAGUUGCUGUUUAUGAAAUGGAAGGUGUGGCGGAAACGAUGGAUUUGCCUGCGCUAUCUAUCAAACAACGCUACACCAGUUCUGCAGAUCGACACUCGUAACGCCGUCCAUACUUCACAGAAUUUGCUCAAUCUAAGCCAGGAAAGCCAAAUUGAAAUGAUUGACUACAGUGGCCAGCAGGAUUUAGCCAGCGCUAAAGCUCUUCAAUUAACACUGGAUACGCUGAGCGAGCCACUAUUGUUCAAACAUCCUUCGCAAACCGAAAUGACCGACUGGAUGGCGGCUUUCCGGUUGACCGUGGCAUUGGGUGAAACCGGUAGCAUAUGCUCCGAUACCGACUCCAGCAUCUGGAACGACUCACAGGCAGCUGCCUCGCCGGUUAGUUCCGGCUCUCCCAUUAAUCCGUUUUCUGGAGCAGAGGUUCCUCCUCUUACUUACACUGUGAGAGUUCGCACGGCCAAGGCCAGUCCGCUGGCAGAAAAGCUGGGCUUUGUUUUUGAUCAGGAAUACGAGGUCAGAAUGUCGCCCCAAGACGUGGCGUUUCAUUCCGCCGACGGCAACCACGAGAUUAUGCCGGUACAGAUUGCGCUGCUCCAUAUGCGGAAAAUAUAUUUGGAAAGCAGCAGCGGAAAUCCCGAUGUGGUUCCCAACAGUGAUCUGGUAUGCAUCGAAACGACAAGACAAUCGCCUGCUGGUGAAGGUGUGUUGAAGUUGGAAACAGCUAACCCUCAUGACCUUACCCAUCAUCUCCGGACAUUGUUGGCUGGCCCAACUAACAUUAAGAAAAUACUGGCUGAUCAAGAGCGAUUAUCGGUGAAAAGCCGAACAUCGCGGCGUUCGCGACCGGUAUCCGAGCGACCAAGGAAGCGUCCGCUCAGCUUCAUGGGGAAUAAAGGACGCUUUAGUACCGAGCAGACGUCCCCGGUAGCCGGCAGAGCACCGCGUUUGACCAACCGGGAGAACUCUGUGCGGUCAAUGACGGGUUUAAGGAAUUUCCAGCAUAUGGAUUCUCGUGACAGCGAACAUUCCAGCACCGGUACAAGUGAAGCGGUUUCCGGUGCUUCCAGUUUGAACCGAAUCGCUCAAACCGCGCAGGAUGCCGGUUUAGCCGGAAAUUCGUCCCAGUAAUUCUACCCAUUUAGUGUUUUUUGAUUUCGCGUUUUGCAUUACGUUAAAAACGGUUUUAGAAACCAAAACUGUGAACACGCAUGAAGCUAUAGCGAAAUGAUUCAAUUAAAGUUGUAAAAUUUCUGCAUGAUAGUGUAGAUGAUGCGAUUCAAAAAUACUAACCAGUAAG